AUGGCGCAAGUCAAGAUGCUGAAGAGAUCUCAAGACGCAGUUUCGUGUUCUAGCUGCAAACAACGCUAUGACUUGAUCGAAGCGCUGGACCAGCACCUGGAGACAUCACUGACGGGGCGCCGCAUCUGUCCCAGAACCCAAGCACCGGCAUUGAUCGUUUGCAUCGGGUGCGAACGCGACUUCCCCAGUAUCCAAGAUCUCAAACAGCAUGUUCAGAACUCCUUCUUGCACCACCCAGAGCUCUCCAAACCCACUGGUCGUGUUGUUUUCGUCGGCCGACUUCCUGCCAAUGUCAGAGAACAUGAUGUUGUAAACACAUUGUUUGAGGGCUUCAUUGUUGAGACUACAUCCAUGCGCACACAUUGUCCUCACUUUGACAACUUCGCCUUUGUCACUUUGACGACAACCGCGGAGGCCAAUCGUGCUGUCAAGGAACUUCACAAAAGCGACUCUUCGACCAGAAAGUUGUCGUUUCGCUGCAGCGCUCUAAGGAAGAUUCUGCAACUAAAUUCUCUGGUCCUACCACAAGCUACGCCUGCCUAUGUACAGCCUACGUCCCCACCCUUUGACCCUCGAACACCUGCUUUCCUUUACAACCCCAAUUCCCCUGCUGUCUAUAACCAAUCCUACCCAAGUCUGUCUUACCAUCCUCCAUCUCCUGUCAGUUAUGGACAUCCUGCUGCGAUCGCUCCAUUCAGACCUGCUCCUGUCAAUCACAAUUCCAAGGUUCAAUCCGCACCAACCUUUGUGCCCGGUGGUGUGUUGCCGGCGACCCAGCAUCUCCCACAACAAGCUACAGAGCAACGUCCACGUCGCCAGCGUGGUCGACUCUGGAACUUCAAUGCUUCGUCCCAACGUGAAUGCCAAAAGACUACAAUCGUCCGGACCCCCACACCUGGCACCACUUCAACAUUCUGUAUCACUUCAAGCACGGAACCUUCGUACUAUGGCAACCGGAGAAAGCCUCCACUUGACUCAUCUGGUCCUGUCUCGGAAGCCAGAGCCUGGACAUCGUUCCGCGACGUUGACAAGGAGAUGGUUAAGAAAACAGCUGCCAUAAAGGCAGAGGAAGAAGCUAGAGCACAAGCUGCUGUCGAUGAGGACAAAGGAAAAGCUGCUCGCGAUGAUGAUAAGCGGGUUGAGGCUGUCCACACCAUGGCCAUGCCGACUUUGGUGCCCACUCCCAUCAACGAGGUUCCGGACGAGCUGCAAAUGUACAGAGGUCCUUCUGCUGGCAAGAAGCGCAAAGGGGUGCAUGGAAAAUGCUUGACUGAGGAGAUGCACAAACAUAAC